AUGAUCAUAAACAGCAUAAAAGCGGCCGUCGAGGUCAUCACUGGCUUCAACGAGUGUGCCACUUUUUUUCAAUGGCUUAGAUCUCUACGAUCCCGUUCGAGUGGAGCACAAAAUCAAGAACUUAAAGAAGAUGAUUUAUUUAAGUUGCAGAGUUCUCUUCAAUGUCUUCGGAAUACUCUACCUUUGAUGCACAACUUAAUUGAUCGAGCAGAGUGGAAGAACCAUGAGAAGUGUGUUGAAGAGCUCCUUCCAGAACUUAAGGCUGCUGUGUACGAUGCUGAAGACCUUUUGGAGCAUUUCCGAUACUAUGAGCUGAAGGUAGAAAUUGAGGGCAGUGCGACCUCAUCGGAACCAGGCACUAAAUUCUUUCACGAUGUCAUUCAAGGUAACUUCAAAAAAUUGAAUCACAUCAAUGAGAGGCUAGAUAAUCAAUCUAGGCUGCUCAAGAGAAUGGACUUACAUCAUGCAACUCCACGGUUUGACAGAUCAGUCAGACCCAAGACAACUUCUUUUCCCAGUGAGGCAAAGAUAUUUGGUCGUGAUGAGGAAAUAAAGAGGCUCAUUAAAUUGCUUGGUGUACCUGCAAAUAAUACCAGGGGUCCUUCCACACGCAAGAGACCAAGAAGUGACAAUACUAAAGCAACAAUAACAAGUGUUCCAGUUUUGCCCAUAGUUGGAAUUGGAGGUGUUGGAAAAACUAUUUUGGCCCAAAAUAUCUGCAGCCAUCCACAAGUGAAAAAACACUUUGAUGUGAUAGCUUGGAUUUGUGUCUCAGAUGACUUUGAUGUCAAGAGGUUAACUAAAGAGGCCAUAGAACAAUUUUCUGGGAAAGCACCGACCAAGGAUAAUUUGAAUUCUCUUUAG